CCGUCGACGACUUGUCCACAAGCAAGCAAGCUUAUUGGCGAGAAUAUCUAUGACCGCCGUCUCAGCAGCAGAUCUCCGCAGUGCCCUCUCGCUGCCUGCUACAGCGCCGAGCCAAUCUCAGCCCCGAAAAUCUGCACCACAGCCAUCCAAGAAACCCGAAGGCAUAUCCCGCGAACUCUAUGCUCUCAUCGGUCCUUCCGCACCCUCUCUCGCCGCAAACCUUGCCAAACCGAGGCUCAAGCAGAAACCAAACUUCAGUGGUCGAGGGACUACUAAAUGGGAGUGGAGGCCCAUCAGCCAUCCCGCUCGAGGAGACACUUUGCAACUCGGGCACUGGGUAAAAGCGAACGAACCAGACAACGAGUACUUGUUCGCAAAGUACGAUGUACAACCAGCCAAGUAUACCUAUUCCGACGAAGAGUACUCCACACUCUUGGAAGACAACGAGUGGUCCAAGGAGGAAACGGAUUACUUGUUCAAUAUCGCACACGACUAUGACCUCAGAUGGUAUGUCAUACAUGACCGCUACGAAUUCCUAGAUGGUCCUCCACGCGCAAUAGAGGAUCUCAAAGACAGAUACUAUAGUUGCUGUAGAAAGCUCAUUCGGAGUCGCCCGUGGUCGGGCGACGAGGCAAGCAAGUCUCAGUUGCUCAACAACUAUCAGUUCGACAAAGAACGCGAAAAAAUGCGGAAAAAUUACAUUGCAAGCCUCGAGGAGCGAAAGCAGGAAGAAAUUGCCGAGGAGGAAGCGUUGUUCAUCGAGCUGAAGCGGUUGGAACAAAACGAACGCAAGUUCAGGAAAGAGCGCGACGAGUUGCUUCGCACUCUACUUGGAAUCGACUCUGGGUUACCUGACAUUGUUGCGGAAGAAGAGGGCCCCGCUUCGCUUUCUACGGACGGCCUUAAGAAAAAGAAGAAGGGAACAAUGGACCUGGACAUUCCUCCGACUCCCACCAACGUUGUAUCCUUGGGACCUCCCGCAACCAAACGACCGCAAUCUGCAAAAGCCGCCGUUUAUGACGAGAAACAUUGCAUCAUGCGUGUCGAGCCACCAGCAACGGCCACCACGAAAACGACACACGUCCCAGUGCACUUGCGUAGCUUUAAGCUCCCAAUUCCAAAGGCAACCAUUGCACCAAAGGUAACUCAGGCACUUGCAGAAAUCGGGGUCACGCAUUCCCGCUUGGUUAUGCCCACUCGCGAAAACUGUGCCAAACUCGAAUCCCUUCUGGAGACGACCACAGCAUUGAUCGACACCAAGAAGAUCGUGGACAAGGUGGAGCAAGACAUUCGGGUUUUGAGAGCAAGGCUAGGAUUAAGGGAAAGCGAAGGCGCUAAUGGAGAUACACAAGAGUCAAUGCAGAUGAUGGACGUGGACGAAUCGAAGGAUGGAAGCGUAAACAAAGAAGGCGAGAUAGAUGGAAGAUCGCAGAGUGUGGUCAGCACGAAGAGUGGACGGGGCCGAAAACAGUCACGUCGGUCUAUGUCGGUGUCUUCGAUAGACACUUCUGCGUCUACCCGGACUGGUACGAAGCGACAGAAGAGAGGUUAGAUUUUCAGAUAUGCGGCGGUCUGUACAUGUACAAUCACAUCACAGCUUGCAACACCAGUUACUGGCAUGUAUUUACGUAGACAGAACAGCACCUGUCAUCUGUUGUUGCACUCAGUCCUACAGGCACGUAGCUGGGACUUG